AAUGAUUGGCGAAACACGGGGGAGACCUUCGUCAUUGAAAAAAUCGAUUACGUGGAACGAGUUAUUCCUAAUUACUCCAAAGCAGUCUUCAAAGAACAUUUUCGAAUGUUUCCUGAAACUUUCGAAAUAGUUCUAGCAACAAGUGGUCCAGGAUUACGAGCAAUUAACAAUCUCUCAGGGAGAAAACAAAUAUCAGAGAGAAAGCAACUUCUCAUAGCUAUUUGGUUUAUGGCUAACCCAGAUUCAUACAGGCAUUUAUAUAGAAAAAUUUAUUUUAAUCAGG